AUGAUCACACCAAUUGAUGAUAAUCUGCCCUUCUUUGGCCAAGCUAGAUCAGCGCUAAAGAAGCCAGCUGCUUUGGAGUUAAUCACAAAGACAGCUACGAAAACUCCUGUCGAGUUUAAUCGACCAACUCCAACAAGUGGUCCAGUAACUACAAGAAUUAUCAGUUCACCUAGGGAGUCAACACCAGGUGCCAUGCCGUUCAUCGGUCCAAAUGGACCUCAACAAGCAGCUGUUGAUGUAAUUCCCACAACGCAAAAUGUUCCUGUGAUUGAAGAAACUACUCCAAUGUCGACAACAGCAACUGUUACAACAGAGCAGCCACUAGGAUAUUUUGUUAGUGAUCAUCCUUGGUUCAGUCAAGCUAGACCAGUCCCAAGUGAAACUCCAGCGAUGGCUGAUGCCUGGAAUCCCCAUUCAGCUAAUCAUGAUGAAGGAGUAUCAAAGGCUACCCGAAUCUCUCCUAGCUCUAGCUCGACCGUUACACCAAUUACUAGUGAGUCACCGAUGUUUGCUCGACCCUUAACUGGGUCAGCAGGUUCAAGUGAAGAGAGCUCCACGUCGGUAAGCAGCGCGAGGGACGCGAGCACACCAGCCUCCAAGGAAGCAGCUUCUGUUUUGCGCAAGGUUGUCUCAGCCAGGUCACCCAGCACGGUUUUUAAAGCAGCUCCAAUUGCCACGUCCCACGAGGAAGAUGUUGAAAACGGCAGUUUGAGGAAUUCCAUGACAAAUAAUAUUAUGCGCUACUUUUUUAGCGAUCCACCCGAAAGUGCAGUAGCUGAAGCGAAGAAUGCAACUGCGGCUGGUUUAGUUACUGAAACGGUUGUAACUGUUCCAGGAUUGGUAACUGGCGGCUUGGUUCAUCCACUGGCCGAUGGCAAUCGCAUGCCCAACGAGGUGAUUGUUGUGCCGCCCCAGAAAAGUAAAGCUGAGCCGGAUAAGGACAAGGACCACCUGGAACACUCCGAAUCGAUGCGCACACUGACCAUUGUGGGCAAGCGAUCGCACAUAACGACCAUCUAUCGGGAUCACUGCCACUUUGAGCGACAUGGCGAAGGUGUGGAUAAAAUGGCCAAACGGAAAUUGAUUGUGGCCAGUGUAUUGUGCCUGUGCUUUAUGAUCUGUGAGAUAAUUGGCGGAAUCUUCUCACGCAGUCUCGCCAUUGCCACAGAUGCCGCACACCUGCUGACGGAUCUUGCUGGCUUCCUGAUCUCACUAUUUGCCAUACAUCUGAGCGCUCGUCCGUCGACGCAACGCAUGAAUUUUGGCUGGCAUCGUGCCGAGGUGAUUGGCGCCAUGAUCUCCGUCUACUUCAUCUGGGUGAUAACGGGCAUACUCGUCUGGUUGGCAGUGGAACGACUCAUCAGCAAUCAGCACGAUGUGGAUGCAAAGAUCAUGUUGAUCACAUCCGCAUUGGCAAUACUUGUCAAUCUCGUCAUGGCCAUUCAGUUGACCCACGGACAUUCACAUGAUGCAGGCCGGGCACAGCGACAGCCUCGUUUUCCUGUGCCAGCGAGCACGUCCAAGGCGAGUGCUUUGAAUGCCACUCACGGAGAGCCACAAUUGAUGCCCGCUUCGGUAUCUCAGUAUGCCCAUGCACCGAAGGAUAACAUCAAUGUGAGGGCGGCGAUAAUUCAUGUCUUUGGCGAUAUGAUUCAAAGUGUUGGCGUCUUUGUGGCCGCUUGCAUUAUCUUCUUUAAGCCCGAAUGGUCAUUUGUCGACUCCAUCUGCACGUUUAUUUUCUCGAUUAUUGUGCUCCUGGUCACGUUUCGCAUACUGCGCGAUGUCCUGAUGGUACUCAUGGAAGCCACCCCCGACUAUAUGGACUAUGGUGAGGUGCAGCGAACAUUUCUCAGCAUUCAGGGUGUUGAGCAUGUUCACAAUUUACGGAUCUGGGCGUUGAGUAUUAAUAAAGUGGCGCUUGCCGCUCAUCUGGCCAUCGGUAAGGAUGCUGAUCCCCAGAUCAUACUGGAUCAGGCAACAACAUUGAUUCACAAGCAUUACAAUUUCUUUGAGACCACCAUUCAGAUUGAGGGCUAUACGGCGGGCAUGGAGGAUUGUAAACAAUGCUUGACGCCUGGCAAAUCACAGCCAAACGAUAAAAAUGAUAAUGAAAAUGGAGAUGAAAACAAUAAGAAAAUGCAGGAAAACACAAAAAAUGGCAAUCAAUACUCUGCCUAAGAAUGGAUGCAAUGCAUCAGUUGA